GUCUGAGCUGCAGCAUGAAUCGCAGCCUUCACCGUAGUAUCGCUGCUGCUGCUGUUGGAUCCUCCGGGGACAGAGAGAGCGACCGCCGCCUUUCUGUCAGCGCGCCGUCAGAUAAAGCACCUUUCCGGAUCUCAUGUAUUCCCUCUCGCGUUAGCUGGAAGGGAGGGUCCUGCUGAAAAAAAGGGGCUUACAGACCCAGGGAGGGGGGUGACAUGCCCUUCACUGCUUGGCGCAGUCAGUGCGUUGAUCUCCGUCAGACGCGGACGAGGUAAAGACCGGAAUGGUGCGUUUGAAUUGUCAUUUCUAACGCAGAGGCCCGGUUUGUCAUCUGUUUUUGGAUUAUUUUCCGUUGUGGGGGCUGGAGGAUAACGAAAUUACAUGCCCGCUCUGAGAGCCGGAGCGCCGGGGGAAAUGCAGCACAGCGGGUGUUUGGCUGCAGGUGGAUGGCCAACCUGACGGUCCCUGCCCGCCGCUUCCCUCCCGUUCAGCCGGUCUGGCGUCAUCCGGAGCUCUUACGACAAAACUGAAAACAGAGAUCGACGAACAAACCCGAGUCAUGCUUCCAGGGGUCGGCGUGUUCGGCACCAGCCUGACCGCCAGGGUGAUCAUCCCGCUGCUGAAGAACGAGGGCUUCGCCGUCAAGGCGCUGUGGGGCCGGACGCAGGAGGAGGCGGAGGAGCUGGCCAAGGAGAUGAACGUUCCGUUCUACACCAACCGGAUCGACGACGUGCUGCUGCAUCAGGACGUGGAUCUGGUCUGCAUCAACCUGCCGCCGCCUCUGACGCGGCAGAUCGCGGUGAAAACGCUGGGUAUCGGAAAGAACGUCAUCUGCGACCGGACAGCAACGCCUCUGGAUGCCUUCCGAAUGAUGUCAGCGGCCCAGUACUACCCCAAGUUGCUGAGCAUUAUGGGAAAUGUGUUGCGUUUCUUGCCGGCCUUUGUUCGAAUGAAGGAGCUGUUAGAGGAGGGCUACAUCGGGGAGCUCCUGGUCUGUGAGGCGCAGGUCCACAGCGGUAGUCUCCUGGGGAAGAAAUACAACUGGAGCUGCGAUGACCUGAUGGGAGGUGGCGGUCUGCAUUCGGUGGGCAGUUACAUCAUCGACUUGCUUACGUUUCUGACUGGUCAGCGUGCAGCAAAGGUCCAUGGUUUCCUCAAGACCUUUGUUAAGCAAACGGAUCACAUCCGGGGCAUCCGUCAGAUCACCAGUGACGACUUCUGCACUUUCCAGAUGGCUCUGGAGGGCGGCGCCUGCUGCACCGUCACGCUCAACUUCAACAUGCCUGGGGAGUUUCGGCAGGAGGUGAUCGUUGUGGGGACGGUCGGAAGGUUAACGGUCACGGGGACCGACCUGUACGGACAGAAGAUCUGCGAAGGCGGAGAAAGCGGUGGAGGUCCUGAACUCCUGCUCAAAGACACAACGCCUCUUGAGAAUGCCUCAUUACCGGAGAAGGCCUUCAGUGACAUUCCGUCACCGUAUCUUACCGGAACAAUCCGCAUGAUCCAGGCUGUGCGGCAGGCCUUUCAGGACCAGGACGACAGGCGGACGUGGGACGGGAGGCCUCUGACCAUGGCCGCUACCUUUGAGGAUUGUCUUUACGCGCUUUGCGUGGUGGAUACCAUCAAGAAGUCCAACCAGUGUGGAGAGUGGCAGAACAUUGUGGUGAUGACAGAGGAACCGGAGAUCAGCCCGGCCUAUUUGAUCAGCGAGGCCAUGCGGCGGAGUAGGAUGUCACUCUACUGUUAGUAUCCGGCUGAUGGGCGGAACCCUUUGAGAUGGCUGGAUGCCCUGAGCAGUAGAGGAACCGCAAUGUGAUCAAUAAUCUAACCUUUAUUUAUAAGGAAGCCUUUCCUUUCUUUGCUUUUAAAAGACUUGAGUCCUUCCAAGGAGACACUUGUAAUUAAAACUGAUUCAUACAGCGAAGGCAGAGCAGGGAGUGAGACUAAUGCUACUGUGUUCUGCUUGACCAUAAGGAUAUUGCGCCUCGCGUUUCUGCUUCUCUUCUACUAUGACUGG